AUGUCUGCUCAAGACGAGUUCAACAGCCUUGUUGCCAACAACCAGGAGAAGUUCUCCACUCAUCCUGAGGACCGAGAUAACUCUGAUCGCGACUCCGAGCCUGCCUCUGACAACGAUACCAACCACGACGACCACGCACACUUCUCAGACUCGGAAGACUUUGACGGUACCGCCAUGGGUUCACGGACAACCACAUAUCAGGUCCCCAGGACCAAGUUCGACGCCAACACUGGGCCCAAGGGUGUCAUUGCUGAUGCCCAGGCCUUCGAACGUGCGCGCAAGCGCUCCUUCCGCAGAACCCUACUCGGUGCCGCGGGAAUGGACUAUACGCAUCGUCGUUCCAACUCCAAGUCGAUCACUGAUGAUGUCAAUCUUCUGCAGAACUCGCCGCCGGAUGGCUCUGCCAGCGAAGACGAGGAGCAGUUCAUGCGCAAGUGGCGCGAGUCGCGCAUGCAGGAGCUGCAGAACCGGAACCUACGACGUACCAGUCCCCGGAGGAAGAUGUACGGGUCCGUCGAGACGGUGGAUGCGGGGGUUAUCUGGAUGCUAUUGAAAAGGUCUCCUCGGAUACGGUCGUGGUGGUGUUCCAACGUCAGCUCCCUCGUGGAAGACUGCCUGGAUACCAUUGCGCGCAGGCAACCAACCGUCCACUUCAUCAAGCUGGACCAUGAGAUCGCCGAAAUGGACCACAUUGACGCCCCGGCUCUGCUGGCUUACCGAGCAGGUGACGUCUUCGCUACUAUCGUUGAGAUUCUGAAGCAGAUUCCCAAAGGCCGGAGUUGCAGCGCAGACAGUCUGGAAGAUCUCCUCAAAUUAUACCGGAUUCUGUAGACCUCCUUUCUUGAAAGUCUUCUCUUCUCCACUUGUCUUUAUGUUAUGCAAUAUCAUGCGCCACUAGAAUGAGCACAGCGGGCGCAUCGGGAUUCUUGUCGUUUCCUUCUGGUCUAUUUUUCAUUUUCUCUACAGGAUCUUGUUUUGACGUCUAUUAUCAUUUGGUUCCUUCCUGACGAGGCAUUACUUUCAUUCAUGGGCGGAUAUUUGGUGAUGUACUUUCUGGGUUCUCAACGCAUCUCGUAUCGUGCUGUUUCAUUUGUCUCCGGCCUCGUCUGCAUGAAACUCUGAGAUAUCCAAAUCGUUUCGGUUUUCAGUUUCUUUUGUUCUUCUGGGCAUAUGGCGUUCUUGUUUCGAUAGACUAAUUUUCCUUCAGAUAUUAUCACCUCAAUUGAUUAGAAUUGGGCUUUUCCCUUGAUCAUGUCUCUUUGUUGUUUCAUUAGUCACUAGGAUCAUUGCUCUCG